CUUCUAAAUAAUAAUGCGGUGGCAUCACCUUUAAGAGUGAUAUAAAUAAUUAAACAAGACGACAGAAAGAAUCACUUAAUUCCUCAGAAUAUUUAAAUUUGAGAACAUUAUUAUGUGUUGUCACGAGAGUUUGGCGAUUUUAGCUAGAUUGGCUCUACGAUAAUUGCGCUGGGGGGUGGGACGGCAAGUCGCACAUGUUACUAAUUAUGAAGUUAUUUUCCUGCCAAUUACAACUAUGGCAAACUCUUUUAAUUUGUUAUUGAUAACGCAAGCACCUCUUUAGCAAAUAACAAUACUAUCGAAACAUGACCCCUAAACGCCAGUAAUAACGUAUUUUUAGAAUCAUUUGGAAUAGCAUUUAUCAUAUGCUCCAAAAUUUCGAGAUGGAUGACGAAUCUGCUUUGGAGAGUUAUUUUGAUCAGUCCAUUGCUGGUACCUCAUCUGACUACUUGGGUUUUGAGGGGGACAUUGGCCUGCAGUCCACCCCUCUGCUCCAGGACUCAGCCUUCCUGUCCUCAGUGAAUGGCCAGAACAAAGAUUCCUCUGAUGACUUGGACCUGAGUUUCUUGCCAGAUGAACUCGGUGCUCCAGAGGAGCCACAAGCAGGCAACAGUGCUGAUAACACACAAGACUCUGGCAUCUCUGAGGCCUACACACCUGGAGAACCAGAUGCUUUCAACAAAGACAAGGCCCUAUCGGGAAACUCCCCGUUUUGCCCCCUUCCCAUGACACCUAUGACACCUAUGACCCCUAUGACCCCUGUAUCUGAGAGUUCAGGAAUAGUUCCGCAACUGCAGAACAUAGUGUCCACAGUGAAUCUGGCCUGUCCUCUGGAUCUGAAAUCUAUCGCCCUACAAGCUCGCAAUGCUGAGUACAAUCCAAAGCGCUUCGCUGCUGUCAUCAUGAGAAUCCGGGAGCCCAGGACAACAGCACUCAUCUUCAGCUCAGGAAAGAUGGUUUGUACAGGCGCCAAGAGCGAGGAGCAAUCCCGCCUGGCUGCCCGAAAAUAUGCCCGUGUUGUACAGAAGCUGGGCUUCCCUGCCAAGUUCUUGGACUUCAAGAUUCAGAACAUGGUGGGCAGCUGCGACGUCUGCUUCCCCAUUCGCCUUGAGGGCUUAGUCCUGACCCACCAGCAGUUUAGCAGUUAUGAACCCGAGCUGUUUCCCGGCCUGAUAUAUCGCAUGGUGAAACCCCGCAUUGUCCUACUCAUUUUCGUAUCAGGCAAAGUGGUGUUAACAGGGGCUAAAGAACGUUCUGAAAUCUACGAAGCGUUUGAAAAUAUCUACCCAAUUUUGAAGGGAUUCAGAAAACAGUAGUCUAAGGUUCAGCAGACUGGCUGGUAGAUGUAGACGGCAGGUGCACUUGGUACAAAUCAUUCGAUUCAUACUAUAAUUAUAAUUUAUUCACAAUGCAUUGUCUCAUAAAGUCUUUUGCAAAUAAUGAAUAUAUUUGGUGUAAACGCAA